AUGGCUCAUAAUCUUAUUCAGUGUCAAAUACUUGUACACAAGGCUGUUGCCGCAGGUGCGAAGGCGCUCUUCCUGCCCGAAGCCUCAGAUUACAUUGCCGCGUCUCCCGCAGAGUCUCUUUUCUUAGUUCGACCGGUUAACGAGAGUGAUUUUGUUUUGGGAUUGCAAAAAGAGGCCAGAUUAGCAAGAUUGCCGAUUAAUGUGGGCAUACAUGAGCCUGCUCAAGGCGGGGAGAAGGUCAAGAAUACAUUAAUUUGGAUUGAUGAGACUGGGAAGAUCACCCAAAGAUAUCAGAAAAUACAUCUUUUCGACGUUGAUAUAAAAGGCGGUCCCGUGUUAAAGGAGAGCAGGAGUGUUGAGAAAGGGAUGAAGAUUGUCCCUCCCUUUGAAACACCAGUUGGUCGUCUUGGGUUAAGUAUAUGCUUCGAUCUUCGCUUUCCAGAAAUCAGCCUAGCUCUGCGGCGACAAGGUGCCCAGAUAAUUACUUACCCGUCCGCAUUUACUAUACCAACCGGCCAAGCUCACUGGGAAACGCUCCUCCGAGCUAGAGCCAUUGAAACGCAAUCGUAUAUUGUGGCAGCCGCUCAAUGCGGCCAGCACAAUAAUAAGCGCUUCAGCUAUGGUCAUUCGAUGAUCGUGAAUCCAUGGGGGGAAAUCGUGGCCAAGCUGGGGUCCCAAUCUGGCGAACCAGAAAUUGCGGUGGCAGAUAUCGACUUUAAACUAUUGGAAAAAGUCCGAAACGAAAUGCCACUGCUAAGGAGGACGGAUAUAUACCCCGAAGUCUGA